AUGUCGCCCCCGACCCUCCGAGGUCUGCCAUCCCCGUCCCACAAACUGCCCCUGCUGACGUCUUUGCGCGCAGAUCUUGAGCUCUCCCCCGCGUCCGCCGCCGUCAUGCCCCGCCGCCGCGGCUUCCCCGCGCCACCAACGGGCCACGAACUCAUGGCGCUCUUCCCGCCGCCGCCGCCGAACCCCAUCAUGGGAUCGACGUCCAGCUUCUUCUGCGCGCAGGAGCGCGCCUUCUUCGCGUGCAAGGGCAAGGAGAUCGUCGCCGUGCAGAUCGAGGCUGACAUGCACACCGGCCCGUCGCAGCCCCAUCCACACGCCCAUCCACAUACGCAUCCUCACUCCCAGCCUCCGGCGCCCGCUGAGCAGACCGCCCGCCAGACGUCGCGCUCGCCCCGUACGCAUCCUGGGCACGCGCUCGCGCUGCCUCCCAAGUCCGGAUCGCUACCGCCGACGCAGGAGAGCGCGCGUGCGCCGCGCGGCAUCCCCGUCAUCCCCAUCGCAGCCCAGUCUGCGCCCGCCGUGUCCGCACUGUCGCCCUACCCGCACCCCGCGCCGCCACAGCACGCGCGGAUGACUCCACCACAUGCCCCUAUGGACGUUCAGACGCAAUAUCCUAUGCACCCGCCGCCGCCACAGCAGGCGGAGGAGCAUGGCGGGAAGCAGACGCAGCAAAUGGAUGGGUACAUGGGGGAGGACGAGGCGCGGAUGAGGCCUAUGCCGCAUAAUGAGAGGAGAACAUCAGCAAAUUCGGCAAUUUCUGAGCAUCUGACCGGCUGA